GUGAUCAGCUUUGCCACUUUACUGUGCACCGUGGCUGCACGGCCUUCCUUCAGCUACCUGGAGAAUCACUUCGCCCCCGAGAAUGAGUCAGUGAAAGUCCGCUCAGCUGCCAUUAAGAGACUUUUGGAGGUUUUUGGCAUGGAGGACCCCCCUGCUAUCCAUGGACACAAGCAGCCACCUCAGUACAUGCUUGAUCUGUACAACACGGUCGCUGAUGUGGACGGUGUGACCAAGGACCCUUAUCUUCUGGAGGGGAAUACUGUCCGUAGUUUCUUUGACAAAAUGCGCAGUGAACAGGUGGAGUUUAGGUUCAAUCUGUCCACGGUGGCCAGAACUGAGAAGAUCCUCACUGCAGAGCUUCAUCUGUUCAAGCUGCGGCCUCAGGCAUCACUGCCAAUCAGCAGACACCAUUUCUGCCAGGUUAGUGUUUUUCAGCUGCUGGACAUGGCCAAAAUCAACAACACACAGCAAAAGAAGCUGCUGUCUUCUCGACUCAUGCCAGUUCACUCUGCUGGGUGGGAAGUGUUCACCAUCACACAGGCUGUUCGAUCCUGGAUGGCAGAUGACGGCAGUAACCUGGGGCUCCAUGUGGUGGUUCGGACCCUGGGAGGAAGCCAGAUGGAUAUGAAACAUAUCCGAUUUGCUUCAGGUCGCAGCCACCACCAGAGCAAGCAGCCCAUGUUGGUCCUCUUCACUGAUGAUGGCCGCCACUCUACUGCUCUUGAAAGAACAGACCCAAAUGAUAGUGGAGCCACUUCCAGCCUACUCCAGGUGCCCAUGUCAGGUCCGUCCUCCCGCAGCGCCCGCUCUCUAGAAUCCAGCGAGGAGGAAGGGGUCUCUAUGUCCUGCCAGCGCUUGCCCCUGUAUGUUGACUUUGAGGAGAUUGGCUGGUCAGGCUGGAUUGUCUCUCCCAGGGGUUACAAUGCCUACCACUGCAAAGGCUCCUGCUCCUUCCCCCUGGGUCAGAACAUGAGGCCGACCAACCACGCCACCGUUCAGUCCAUCAUCAACGCCCUGAAACUGAUCAAAGGCAUCGAGAUGCCGUGCUGUGUACCUGACAAGCUCUUCUCCAUCAACUUGCUCUACUUUGAUGAUGAUGAGAACGUGGUACUGAAACAAUAUAAUGACAUGGUGGCUGGAAGCUGUGGCUGUCACUGACAUCAACUAGUUGCCAGCGUUGAGAUGCACAGAUAUUCAUCAAACAUACAAUUUAAAUCAGCUUUUGGCUCAUAGACGGCCACACGCCCUUCAUAACUGCAACUACUGGGUGAUGUGCCAUAGUCACACAGGUGACACUGUAUUAUAUGUAAAUAUCAAUAAAUUAUAAUAUAUGGCAGUGCUGUAAGUGAUAUCAUGUGAAAGAUGUAAAAGUGUAUAUUUUAUGUUUUUUGUUGUGAAUAAUUAUAGA